AUGACGAUGUUCAGGAACUUAAAACUUCUUCUCUGGAAGAAUUUCGUUUUAAAGAAACGAAAGACUCUGGUAACUGUCCUUGAAAUCUUGAUGCCAUUACUAUUUUCUGCAAUUGUAAUGUAUCUUCGUUUUGGUAGUUUGCCAAGAAAUAGACCUUCUGUCGACUACUGUGCAACUGAUAUCACUUCACUGCCAGAAUUCUUCAAUCAAUAUCCUCUGAAAAAUAGAUUUCAACUAGUUUAUAUCCCUUCCAAAAGUGAAACUUUGAAGAGUAUCACUGAAAGUGUGGAAAAAACCUUUGGCAUUGAGUUUGAAGUUCUAGGCUAUCCUUCAGUACCUUCAUUUGAAAAUUACAUAAUUCAGGAUCCCAAAGCUUUCUACGUAUUGACUGGAAUUGGUUUUGAUCAUGACUUCAAUGACAGCAAGGAGCCCUUGCCACUUGAGGUUAAGUAUUACUUGCGCUUCAGUUGUUUUCAGAGGAAUUAUUUAUUCUUGAGGCUAAUACUCCAUGAAGAUGACUUUCAAGGCUGGAGCACAUCCUAUCAUUAUCCUCCUAACCUAAACCAAGAACACUGGGACUAUGGACUUUCCGAUGGGGGAUCCCCUAGAUACAACAAAGAAGGCUUCCUGGCCAUACAGCAUGCAACAGAUAAAGCCAUUAUGUGGCACCACGCUCCCAAUGAGACGACCAAGUUGUUUGAGAGUCUCAGUGUGCUUCUGAAGAGAUUCCCACAUGGAGCCUGUGUCCAGGACAGUUUCUUCCUGGUCCUUCAGAAUGAGUUCCCUCUUUUCCUCAUGCUCAGCUUCAUCUGCAUUGAGCUCACCACCAUCAAUUCCAUUGCACUGGAGAAAGAGAGGAAACUGAAGGAGUUUAUGUGUAUGAUGGGGCUGCACAACUGGCAACACUGGGUUGCUUGGUUCACCAUGUUCUCCAUUUCUGCCUUCAUUGUUGUUUCUUUCAUGACCAUUCUCUUCUGCACAAAGGUAAACGAUGUGGCAGUGUUCAAAAACAGUGACCCUAGUUUGAUAUUUGUGUUUCUAAUGUAUUUUGCAAUUGCCACAAUUUUCUUUGCAUUCAUGAUCAGCACAUUCUUCCAAAAAGCUCAUGUUGCAACUGCCUCCAGAGGCAUCAUCUUCUUCUUCACCUACCUCCCAUACCUGUACCUCGCUUUCAGCUACAACCAAAGGAGUCACUUCCAAAAGAUUGCCUUUUGUCUCCUCUCCAAUGUUGCCAUGGCACUGGGAGGCCGAUUAAUCUCCACAUAUGAGACAAAAGGCACAGGCAUCCAAUGGAGGAACAUGGGCAGUAUAGGAGGAGAGUUUAACUUCACUCAGGUGCUGCUGAUGCUACUGCUGGACUCUCUCUUAUAUGGCUUGGUGGCCUGCUAUGUGGAGUCCGUCUUCCCAGGGGUGUAUGGUACACCCAAACCUUGGUACUUCUUUCUCAUGCCCUCCUACUGGCGUGGAGAACCUAUAUCCCUUACGAAUUCAGUGCUGGAGUUGGGGGAUCCUCAGAAAGCUCUGUAAAGCAAGUUCAUUCAGGAAGAGCCUACUGAUUUGAUAAAAGGACUUGAAAUCCAACAUCUAUACAAGGUGUUCUACAAGGGAAGGGAUGAACACAUGGCAGUCAAAGAUCUGACCAUGAACCUGUACCAAGGGCAGAUCACUGUUCUCCUGGGGCACAAUGGAGCAGGCAAAACCACCACCUGCGGCACGCUCACAGGUCUUAUUUCCCCUUCAAGUGGACAGGCAUAUAUCAAUGGAUAUGAAAUUUCUCAAGACAUGCUUCAAGUCUGGAAGAGCAUGGGCUGGUGCCCCCAGCAUGAUAUCUUGUUUGAUAACUUGACUGUAGCAGAACAUCUUUAUUUCUAUGCUCAGCUGAAAGGCUUGUUGCGCCAGAAGUGCCCUGAAGAAAUCAAAUGCGUGCUGCACAUCCUCAGUCUGCAGGACAAACGGGACUCCCGGAGCAGGUUCCUGACCGGGGGAAUGAGGCGCAAGCUCUCCAUUGGCAUCGCCCUCAUCGGCAUCGCCCUCAUCGCAGGCUCCAAGGUGCUGAUGCUGGACGAGCCAACCUCAGGCGUUGACGCCAUCUCCAGGAGGGCCAUCUGGGACCUUCCUCAGCAGCACAAAAGUGACCGCACCAUCCUGCUGACCACCCACUUCAUGGAUGAAGCCGACCUGCUGGGGGACCGCAUUGCCAUCAUGGCCAAGAGGGAGCUGCAGUGCUGCGGGUCAUCUCUGUUCCUGAAGCAGAAAUACGGUGCAGGAUAUUAUAUGACUUUAGUGAAAAAACCUCACUGUAACACAGAGGAGAUUUCUCAUCUGAUUUAUCAACACACACCAAAUGUAAUUUUCCAGUCUAGCACUGGUGAAGAAAUAACAUUUAUACUUCCUAAAGAGAGCGUGCACAGGUUUGAAUCUCUAUUUACUGACUUGGAACUGAGGCAGGAAGAGCUGGGCAUUGCCAGCUUUGGGGCCUCUGUCACCACUAUGGAAGAAGUCUUCAUUCGGGCUAGUAAGUUAGUAGAUUCCAGUAUAGAUAUGCAAUCAUCAAUUCCUGUUAACAGAAUUAAACGUCUUCAUUCAAGGAUUUUCUCAAUACGGUCCAGCCUACCAAACCAACCAAACACUGGGUUCAGCCUUCUCUGCCAACAGUUCUAUGCCAUGUUCUUGAAAAGGGCUACAUAUUCUUGGUGCAACUCGAUGAUGAUGCUGUCAGUACAGAUCCUGGUACCUCUGGUGAUCCUUAUGGUCAGCCUCUCAUUCCUCAACUUCAGUACAAGCAUGGAAAAUGUCCCAUUGGAGUUGACCCUAAAAACAUAUGGUCGAACUAUUGUUCCAUUCUUUAUUUCUCUGAAUUCCAGGCUGGGUCCUCAGCUUUCAGAACAUUUUACAGAUAUGCUCAUGGCUGAGGAACAGAUUCCUCUGCAGCUCAUGGGGAACGUAGAGCCAUUCCUCCUGAAAAAGUUAGAGGAGGAGCCCGAGGUCUUUGAUCAGAACUACCUAGUGGCAGCUUCCUUUGAAGACGUGGGGAACCACACCAUAGUGACAGCGCUGUUCAACAACCAGGCGUACCAUUCCACUGCCCUGGCGCUGGCACUGGUGGACAAUGUCCUCUUCAAGUUGCUUUCUGGUGCCAGGGCUUCAAUAACGGUAUUCAACCACCCUCAACCUCAGUCAAACAGGGAGACCUCGGAGAAUAUCUUGUACGAGGGUCCUAAAGGACAUUAUCUUAUUAUCAACUUACUUUUUGGAAUGGCUUUCCUGUCUAGCUCUUUCUGCAACUUGACGGUCAAAGAGAGAUGCAUCAAGACCAAGCAGGUCCAGUUCAUCAGUGGCAUUUACGUGGCUACUUUCUGGCUCUCGGCUCUGCUGUGGGACCUCAUCUCCUUCCUCAUCCCCACUCUGCUGCUGCUGGUGGUGUUUUUGUACUAUGAUGAAGAAGCUUUUACACACCCGGAAAACAUCCCUGCUGUUGUCUUGAUGCUAAUGCUCUAUGCCUGGGCGAUCAUCCCCUUCAUCUACCUGACCAGCUUCUGCUUUGACAAUGCGGGUAGCGCCUGUGUUAAGCUCAUCAUCACGCUCACCUUUAGCAUCGGCCCCCUUGUUCUCGUCUCAGUCACAAGUGAAAAAGAUCUAGGCUACACAAAAGUCUCAGAGUCUUUGGAUCACACAUUCCUACUGCUUCCAGGCCACUGCCUGGGGAUGGCUUCCUCCAACUUACGUUACAGCUUUGAACUACAGAAGUUUUGCAAUGCCAAGAGCCUGAACCAGACUGAGUGCAAUCAAGUUUCAGAGGGAUAUGUGGUCCAAAAGAACAUCUAUGCCUGGGAGUCUCUAGGGAUGGGGAAGUAUCUGAUAGCCCUUGCCAUCUCCGGACCUGUGUACCUCAUCCUGCUUUUCCUCAUUGAAACCAAUGUCUUGUGGGAACUGAAAGCCAAGUUUUCUGGCUUCAACAAGAAGCAAAAAUUGCAGGUAGUUUUGCACAGUGCGGAGUCCACGCCUGGAGACCAAGAUGUGGAAGAAGAAGAGAAAAUGAUUGAGACCUUUUUGGAAAUUUUGUGUAAGAAAAAUCCACUGGUUCUUAAAGGAGUGUCUAAGGUCUAUGCCAAGAAGUUACCCCCACUGGUUGUGAACAAGGAUUCCUUCACUGUUCAAGCAGAAGAAUGCUUUGGCCUUCUUGGCCUCAAUGGAGCUGGGAAAACUUCCAUUUUCAAAAUGCUGACUGGGGAAGAGCCUAUCACCUCUGGGGAUGCCUUUGUCAACGGCCUCAGUGUCAGGUCUGACUUGGGGAAGGUGCGGCAGUGGAUCGGCUACUGUCCCCAGUUUGAUGCCCUGCUGGACCACAUGACGGGCAAGGAGACACUGGUCAUGUAUGCCCGGCUCCGGGGCAUCCCCGAGUGCCACAUCAGUGCCUGUGUGGAUCAAAUUCUUGAUGAUUUACUCAUGUACAUGUACGCCGACAACCUGGUGAAGACCUACAGCAGUGGCAACAAGCGGAAGCUGAGCGCCGGCAUUGCCUUGCUUGGAGAGCCCACGGUUAUCUUCCUGGACGAGCCGUCCACUGGCAUGGACCCCAUGGCCCGGCGCCUGCUCUGGGACACCGUGGCAAGGGCCCGCGAGUCCGGAAAGGCCAUCGUCAUCACCUCCCACAGCAUGGAGGACUGUGAGGCCUUGUGCACCCAGCUGGCCAUCAUGGUGCAGCGUCAGUUCAAGUGCCUGGGCAGCCCACAGCACCUCAAGAGCAAGUUUGGCAGUGGCUACUCCCUAUGGGCCAAGAUCUGGAGCAACAGGCAGCAGGAGGCCCUGGAAGAGUUCAAGGCAUUCGUGGACCUGACCUUCCCAGGCAGCGUCCUGGAAGAUGAGCACCAAGGGAUGGUCCAUUACCACCUGCCUGGCAAUGACCUCAGCUGGGCGAAGGUGUUUGGCAUUUUGGAGCAAGCCAAGAAAAAGUACAUGUUGGAAGACUACUCAGUCAACCAGAUCUCUCUGGAGGACAUCUUCCUGAGCUUCACCUGCCCUGUGCCCCCCAACCAAGGGGAAAACAAACAAGCGAAGGCAGAACCAGCAGGCCCCUUGUUACCCUUUCCACCUCCCUCUCCACCUUCUUCCCAACCUCCCUCCCUGCCUCCCUCCCAACGUCCCUCCCAGCCUCCCUCUCCACCUCUCACUCCACCUCCCACUCCAUCUUCCUCCCAGCCUUUCUCCCACCUUUCCUCUCAGCCUCCCUCCUGGCCUCCCACUCCACCUCCCUUCAGACUGGCAUGGAGCCUUGGCACCAUGGUUCCUGUGUGUGUUCGGCUGCUGAGCACAGACCAAGUAGAAGACCACGUCGGGGUCCCCGCUCCGAGACCCCGGGCUCGGAGGCCUGGCCGGUCAGCUCAGACCUUCACUGACAAACCAUUGCAUGCCGUGGCCUCCGGUCGCCGGGACCUCUUGCCGCCGAGUCAACCGCAAGGCCUAAGCCCAGAACAGGCCAGGUCCACGCGGGCCGGAGCGGAUUCAGGAACGCCGCUGCAGCCAGCCCGGAGCCACGCUCCUUAG